GAAGGGUAUUAUGGCUACGAAACCUGCUUGGGCUGCCAGAGGUGCGACUGUGACAUUGGAUCGGUGAGCCCCAAUUGCCAUGCCCAGAAUGGCCAGUGUGAUUGCGGUCCGGGCGUCAGCGGUUCUCGUUGCCAGCAGUGCUCCCCUGGAUACUGGGGUCUCAGUGGAGAUGGCUGCUUGAAAUGCCAAUGUAAAGGAGGUUCCUGCAACCCUCGCACAGGUGAAUGCACCUGUACCAACGGCCUGACAGGGAAGCAAUGUGACACAUGUAUAAAAAAACAUGAGAUCCCGGUGGUGGAUGGUCCAGACAACAUGAGAUGUGAAGCUUGUGAUAGCUGUGUGCUGCUCCUGUUAGAAGAUCUCCAGAAGAUUGACAGCGACUUCCCUGCCCUCGAACAUCAGUUGAAAAGUCUCAACACCACCUCAAUUGCCUGGGCCCGCCUGCACAGCAUCAACGGCUCUAUGCAAACCAUUACCAGCCAAGUGCGCGACUAUCAGAGGUUUAUAUACAAAGUGAGGCAAAAUGCUGAUGAGCUGGAAGAGGAGAACGCGGAUUUUGUUCAGGAUCUGAAUGCACUUCAGCACAAGCUAAAGAGCAAGGAAAUGGAGAAACAAUAUGGCACAAUCCAGGCUACUUUGAGAAUGGCUAAAGACUCCUUGGGGAAGAUCUCUGAACAUCUGCAGACAAUUAUAAAGGCAAAAGAGGAAUCUGAGAAGUUACUGGCCCAGCUAGAUGGAGCCAGAUAUCCUCUGUCCGAAAAGGUGAAAGAGUACACUUUGGCUAGCAACAAGAUCCAGAAGGUGGAGUUGGCAGAGCAGCAUGCAAAUCUACUAGAUGAAUUGGCACGGAAUCUCUCCAGCAUUAUCCAUGGCACAAACCAGGAUGGCUUUAUUCAAAGGGCCAUCAAUGCUUCCAACGCCUAUGCCAGCAUCAUUGAGGCGGUGAAGAAUGCAGAAGAGGCAGCCAGCAAAGCCCUCCAUGCUUCUGAUGAAGCUUUGAAGAAUGUCCUCAAGCACAACCUUGGAGACAGAGCAAAGGAGAUGAAGAAAGACAGCCGUGCUUUAGGAGAAGCUGCGAAGGAAGAGCAAAAGAAGCUCAGCGGAGACGAUGCAUCGGAGAAAAUUCAGAAGGCCAAAGACACAGCCUUAAAGGCCAAUGAGACAGUGGCUGGCAUGGAAGGGAAACUGAGUGACAUGAAAAAGAAGCUGGACGAGUGGAAAAAACAGUAUGGAGAUCUAAGAAGUGAAGAUUUGAAUCAAGCCACCCGUGAUGUCAAGAAUACUGUCUCAAGUCUUGAAAGCACCCUCCCAGUCCUCCUGGGAAAGCUGACCAGCUUGGAAAACAGAAGAAGCCACAACGCAACUGUUUUGGACAACAUCCUGCGGGUGCGCCAACUGAUCUCACUGGCCCGGAAUGCUGUCAGUAAGAUUAAAGUCCCAGUGAAGUUCAAUGGCACUUCUGGUGUGCAAAUCCGGACACCUAGCAAUCUCCAAGAUUUGGCUGCCUACACAUCCCUCAAAUUCUAUAUUCAGAACCCGGACUCCAAAAAGAGAGACAAACCACAGGAUGAGCCGACACGCUUUGUGUUAUACUUGGGACAAAAGGAUGCUACCGGGGACUACAUGGGCAUAAUCCUUAAAGACCACAAAGUGGAAUGGAUCUACAAGCUAGGAAAUGAGGAGCCAGCACAUUUGACGGUCGAUGAAGAGAUUGGAGAACAGUUUGCUGCUGUGAGCAUCAACAGUCUCUUCAACAGCGGGCUGCCUCCUCUACCUCUGCGCUAUCCUAACUACCGAGGCUGCAUAGAGAUGGAUUCUCUUAACGAAGAGGUGAUGAGUUUGUACAAUUUCCAGCGCACGUUCCACCUGGACACCACUGCAGAGAGGCCUUGCACAAGAUCUAAAUCAACGGGCGAUCCCUGGCUGACCGAUGGCUCCUAUUUCGAUGGGACUGGAUAUGCGGAAAUCAUCUUUGAGAGUCAGCUGGGCUCCAUCAAACGCUUUGAGCAGGAGAUGCGGUUGGUGUCCUACCACGGGAUCAUUUUCUUCUUGAAACACCAGCCUCCUCUACCUCUGCGCUAUCCUAACUACCGAGGCUGUAUAGAGAUGGAUUCUCUUAACGAAGAGGUGAUGAGUUUGUACAAUUUCCAGCGCACAUUCCACCUGGACACCACUGCAGAGAGGCCUUGCACAAGAUCUAAAUCAACGGGCGAUCCCUGGCUGACUGAUGGCUCCUAUUUCGAUGGGACUGGAUAUGCGGAAAUCAUCUUUGAGAGUCAGCUGGGCUCCAUCAAACGCUUUGAGCAGGAGAUGCGGUUGGUGUCCUACCAUGGGAUCAUUUUCUUCUUGAAGCACCAGAAUCAACUGCUCUGCCUGGCUGUUCGAGACGGAAAGCUCGUGCUGUAUUACGACUUCGGUGGAGGUCUGAACAUGGCGCCCCCUUCAAGGGAUCAGGCCACCCUGAUAGUUAGCAAUCACGCAAACAAAGCGAUCCAGCUAUUUCUCCUCAAAAUGGGUUCCAAGGAUCGUGUUUUGGUCCGUCUGGAGCAAUCGACUGUCUUCAUGAUUGAGCAAGAAAACAUUUUGCAUGGGGCCACCUCUUAUUAUUUAGGGGGGGUGCCCACCUCCAUCUUGCCCGAAAAACUGAAGAAAACAUUCCCCAAAGGAGGCUCCAUCAGAGGUUGCAUGAAAGGACUGAAAGCUCUGGGCAAAUACGUGGACUUAAAGCGUAUGAACACCAUCGGAGUGAGUUAUGGGUGCACCUUGGAUCUCCUGGUUGCUCGCUCGGUGAAACUUCAUGGCUCCGGCUACUUGACUCUCUCGCUGAGGAACGUCCCCCCGUUACAAGACUUCUACACUGGUUUUAGCUUCCGGACCAGUCAGAAUCGUGGCUUGCUGUAUCACCAUAAUACAAAGGAAGGGAGCUGCCAGGUUUCCUUGCAAGAGGGCCACGUGGCUGUCAGUGUCCUGUCCACGGAGCUUACCACCAGGAAUGCCUACGCGGAUGAUACCAGCCACUACGUGGCUAUCUACAGCGACUCUGCAGGGGUCCGGAUGUAUGUAGAUGAUCAGCUUCAGGGAUCCACGGCCGGGCUGAAUCGUGAGAGGAGGCAAAAGCGUGAAGCUGAGUUGGGCGUUUUUCACCUGGGCGGUUUGCCCAGCAGCAGCGACCUUGGCAACCUCACAGGCUGCAUUAGCAAUGUCUUCAUCAAAAGGAGAUCAGAAGCUCAGGCAGUUGUGGAUCUGCAGCAGGGCACGGAGAGUUUCAAUGUGACCAUGAACUGCCCCAGAGAUCGGCAACCCCAGCAGAUGAGGGCACCAGAAAAGAAGAGCAGGUGGAAGCCAAAGGUACCAAGCAAGGUAAUGCUGAAAGACACAGAUUGCCACCUGCUUAAAGAUCCCAGAGCUGUUAAAGAUGCCUUCCAGUUUGGCGGAUCCCCUGUCAGCCGCUUGGAGUUCAACGAAAUACCAAGAAUGUUCAGAGAAAGGUUUCAUUUCUCCAUGGAGUUUAGAUUGAACUCCUCCAGCGGUCUGCUUUUCUACAUGGCUAAUGAAUCUCUGGGCUCCUUCUUCGCCCUUUUUGUCUCCAACGGACGCGUGGUGCUUUUGGCUGAUACAAAUGGACAUAAACUGAGACUCCGGAGCAAAGAAAAGUACCAUGAUGGAAGGUGGCACACGGUCUUCUUCAGCAGAGACAGGAACAGAGUUCAGCUGGUCAUUGAUGGACUGAGAUCCCUGGAGAAGUUGCUGCCGACCCCUGUUGACUUCGGGAUCUCUGGCCCCCUUUACGUGGGGGGAGCACCACUGGCCAAAGCUAAAGCUCAUAUACCAGAUGCUUCUGCUUCUAGCUUUAAGGGUUGCCUCAGGCACCUAAAACUUGACAAAAAGCCUCUAAAUUCACCCUCCCGUGUGUUCGCUGUGACCCCUUGUUAUGUGGGCCCUUUGGAAACCGGCAUCUUUUUCUCUCUUGAAGGAGGAUACAUCACACUAGAUAGGUCGGUCGCUCUCAGUCAAGACUUUGAGAUGACGCUGGAGAUCCGGCCGCGGAGUUCAUCUAGCCUGAUAUUUCAUGUAGGAAGGCAGACAGACUAUCUCAGGCUAUCCACUGACAGCCAAAAGGUUACGGUGGCCGCAAAUACAGGAACAGGAGAGUUCUCCACUUCCGUGUCCCAGCCUUCCCUCUGUGAUGGCCAAUGGCAUACAAUCACAGUCAUCAAAGGAAGCAACAUGAUCCAACUGAAUGUGGACACCAAAGGAAAUUACACAGUGGGUCCAAACGAAGUCCAUGGUACUUCUGACAAAGAAAGCAUUUAUCUCGGUGGAAUGCCAGGAACAGGCGAGUUCUCCACUUCCGUGUCCCAGCCUUCCCUCUGUGAUGGCCAAUGGCAUACAAUCACAGUCAUCAAAGGAAGCAACAUGAUCCAACUGAAUGUGGACACCAAAGGAAAUUACACAGUGGGUCCAAACGAAGUCCAUGGUACUUCUGACAAAGAAAGCAUUUAUCUCGGUGGAAUGCCAGAACUCCCUUCACAAUCCCACAGGCGUCAUCCUCCCUCGUUUGUGGGUUGCAUGAAGAAUCUGGUGAUCAAUCAAAACCAAAUUGACAUCAGGCAAGCUGGGUCAACCAGGGGCUCUGUAGGGCUGGGAGGAUGCCCAACUGGGUAA